AUGCGCCUUUUAGUCAUGUGUGCGUUUUUGGCAGCCUUCUGCACGGUGGCAGCGGUGCUGCCUGCCACGGCGCUGCGGGUGAAACCCACCAUCACGGCUCUCACCUUCGACGUGGGCAAGGAAGAGGUGUGCCUGUAUUCGAUUGGGAAGGACUUCUACGAGGGCGUGACUAUGCACUACCACGUCAUGGAGGGAGAGAACGACUUUGACGUGUUCAUUCGGGAUGUGGACGGACACAUGAUCUACGCCUCCUACGCGGGUGAGCAUGGCGCCGAAGACCGUGUAUAUUUCACGACACGUGCAAAGAAGGAACACGCAUACUGUAUCGACAAUCGUGACUACUCGGGCGAGCUGAAGGUGAUCAAGAUGGAAGUUGGGCUGACCUCUCUCAAGCGCUGGAAGAACCGCAUAGACCCGCUUCGGAAGCUCAUGACACGCACGGAUGGCUUCGUGAUGGGCAUGCACGAUGACCAGAUCCUGCUUCGGAUGAAGGAGCAGGGCAUCCGAGAGUGGGUAGAAAAGAUCUUCACCUUGUUGACGGUGCGCUUAGUGGCCGAGGCUUUCAUCAUGGCAGUCAUCGCGCUGCUUAACGUUCUCAGCAUCACGUACCUCUUUCGCCGAGCGUCCCUGCAGCACCCGCUUACGGGAAGCACGGCGAGGAGGUGA